GCAUGUGCCUUCACCUACGCCUAGGACGCGCGUGUGUCUGUUACCUUGCCACGGUUUACCACAUGUUGCGCUUGGGCGCGAGGGGCGCAAGUCAGCCAGGAGCCCGGGCCAUCAGGAUAGACGGAAUCUCUCCCCCCGGCUCUCGGUCAGUUACGCGAUCGCCAGCGAACGAUUCGCGCGGCCGGCGCGCACCCCGAGGCUGUGCUCUCUGCUAAUCGCUGGCUGCCGAUCCCGGAGUGUGCCGCGAUCCUCGGAGUGCAUCGAACUUGACGGGCCGGGAGGCGCGAACGUCCCUCAGUCAUCGCAGCGAAGGGGUGGAUCGGCGUGGACGUGUGGGAUCCGCCGCUGGUGGCUCGAAGAUGCUCGAUCAGUGAGCGGGUAAUCGCUUUCUCGACAAGGUUCGUGCGCUUAACAGCGCGGUGGAGCGGCCCCAAUGCCGGUCAGGAAGGGCCUCCUCGCUCCACAGAAUACUUUCUUGGAUACUAUCGCAACUCGCUUCGAUGGAACCCACAGCAACUUUGUACUGGGAAAUGCGCAGGUUCCGUCGAUCUAUCCGAUCGUCUACUGCUCCGAUGGAUUCUGCGAGCUGACAGGAUUUGCGCGAGCGCAAAUCAUGCAGAAGGGUUGCGCUUGCAAGUUUCUCUAUGGGCCGGAAACGAAGGAGGAAGAAAAGGCCAUGAUCGACAAGAGCCUCGAGAGCAAGACGGAAUUGAAAAUGGAGGUUGUCUUCUACAAGAAGAACGGAAGUCCAUUCGAUUGCCUACUCGACAUUGUUCCGAUAAAAAACGAGAAGGGCGACGUUGUUCUGUUCCUGGCCUCGCAUAAAGACAUCACGCACACGAAGAACCUUCAGCUCUGUGAGUUGCACGAUAGUGACUCGAAUGGCAAUAUCGACCCUGAGGCACCGCCUUCCAAUUACGGUAGAAGAAGAAGUCGCGCCGUCCUUUAUCAACUGUCGGGCCAUUACAAGCAGGACAAUAAGCACAAAAUUAAGCUAAACAAUACGCUUCUGCAUUCAACCGCGCCGCCUUUACCGGAAUACAAAACGACAACCGUCAAAAAGUCGCAUUUUAUUCUCAGCCACUACGGUGGCUUCAAGUCCUGCUGGGACUGGUUGAUUCUCAUCGCGACCUUUUACGUGGCAAUAAUCGUUCCCUAUAACGCGAGCUUCAUCAACAUCGAUAGGCCUACCAUGGUCAGUGACGUUGUCGUCGAAGUGCUCUUCAUUAUCGAUAUCGUUUUGAACUUCAGAACAACGUACGUGAGCAGAAAGGGCGAAGUCGUCAGCAAUAGCAGAAGCAUCGCCGUGAAUUACGUGAAAGGCUGGUUCUUUGUUGACCUCGUGGCGGCAUUGCCGUUUGAUUUUCUCUAUGCCUCAGACGUUUACAGCGGCGAGGAAUCGGCGCACAGCAACAUUCAUUUAGUGAAACUCACAAGAUUACUAAGACUCGCGCGACUGCUACAAAAAAUGGACAGAUACUCGCAAUACAGCGCGGUAAUUUUAACGAUGCUUAUGCUCUUCUUCAUCGUGGUGGCGCAUUGGCUGGCAUGCGUCUGGUACGUGAUCGCCGAAAAGGAGCGACUGCGGAACGACAAGGAUUGGGAUCUGGGCUGGAUACAUACCCUGGCUGAGAAAUUGAAGAUAUCGGUGCAAAACGUCACGCACACGGAGAGCUACAUAACGGCAUUAUAUUUCACCUGCAGUAGUCUAACUUCCGUAGGUUUCGGAAAUGUUUCGGCAAACACGUUCUCGGAGAAAUUCUUCUCCAUUUGCACGAUGCUGAUUGGGGCUCUUAUGCACGCCGUGGUAUUCGGCAAUGUUACCGCGAUUAUUCAGAGAAUGUACUCAAGAAGGUCCCAGUAUCAGACAAAGUUACGGGAUCUCAAAGAUUUUCUAGUCUUACAUCAAAUCCCGGAAGAGCUGAAGCAGCGAAUGCAGGAUUACUUUCAAACUAUGUGGUCAUUAAACCACGGUAUUGACGUGCACGAGACUCUCAAACAAUUUCCCGAGGAACUGCGGGGGGAUGUUUCGAUGCAUCUUCAUCGAGAGAUUUUAAGUUUACCGAUAUUCGAAGCCGCCUCGCAGGGAUGUUUAAAGCUACUCUCGUUGCAUAUCAGAAAUAACUUUUGCGCCCCCGGCGAAUUUCUCAUUCACAAAGGCGACACGCUUUCGUACAUUUAUUAUCUGUGCAACGGAUCCAUGGAAGUUGUGCAAAACAGCAUGGUGGUCGCAAUUUUAGGGAAGGGAGAUUUAGUGGGUUGCGAUAUAAACGUUCAUCUGCAACACGGAAAUAAUGGCGGCGGCACGACUGGAUCUGGCUCGGUUGACGUAGUGAGAUCCAGCUGCGACGUCAAGGCGCUAACAUAUUGCGAUUUGAAAUGCGUACACAUGCAGGGCUUAGUCGAGGUUCUUCGACUCUACCCCGAGUACCAGCACGAGUUUGCGCACGAUAUACAACACGAUCUUACGUACAAUUUACGUGAAGGAUACGAGGCAGAGCAGGAGUCCGAUGUAAAUGGCCCGUCAUUGACACUGCCCUCCAUCAGCGAGGACGAUGAGAACUUAGCCGAAGAGGGCGAAACUUCUCCCCUCUCGCCCCCGAACAAAUCACCACUUCACACCUCUUCGAGCCCGCGACACGCAAAGUUCAGGGAGGACUACAGAGAAGGGAGACGAGCAGGAAGGGGAGUCCUGCUACGAGGUAGGGCAGCGCAAGUGAUCGCGCAAGAAUCCGUAGAGGAGCACAUCCGAGGAUCCGUGGAGAGACUCGAUAAUCAGUUUUCCACGCUGCAUCAGGACGUUGCGACGCUCAGUUGCGAGGUGCGCAACGCCAUUCAAGCGUUGCAGAUGCUCGCCUGCUCACCCCAGAGUAAUCCGAAUCUGCCGACCCCGGCGGCGAGCCGCGGCAGCGGCGUCCUCGCGAGGAGCUCGUCCCAUCCCCCGGACGCUAUUUGUUGGAAUCCGCCGGCGAGAUUGAUCGACGCAUCGACGCAGACGGAUUGGCCGGCCGAUCUGUUCGAGACGUGGGUGCGCGCGAAUCCCCGCAGGGCCCUGAAGGCCCUCGGCCUCGAUCCGGACGUCGUUCACCGGCUACCGCCGCCGUCGCCCACGCCGUCGCCGUCUUCGCCCCCGCCGCCGCCCUACGAGCCCCUGUCGCCUUUGGCGGCCUCGCCGCAGCAAUCGCCCUCGCAGUCUCCGACCACAGGAAAUGGCGGCUUCGUUUGUGGAAUUACCCGCAACGCCCGGCACAUUCCCCGAUUGUACAGGCCGCCCAAUUCAACCUGGGACACCGACAACACGGUGUGGCACCGCUUCAGCGCCGGCGACGCCGACAACGACGCGUCGCUGAUACGUCUUCCGGAGUCGCGCUCAUUGAAGUUCGAUCCGUUCAACAGCUGAGCUGGUUAAUUCACGAGGCCGCGUCCCGCUCAAAAAAAUGUUUUCCCGAUCGACGUGAAUGCCGGAGGAAGAGGAUGGCGGAUUGGGCGAAACCUAUAUCAAACUACAAGACGCGAGUCGGGCGAAUCUAUCGAAUCGAAUAGCUUUACGCGUGCUUGAAGGGGGAGAACGUCUGGCAAGAUUUCAAUUCGGCAGCUUGCGAGAGCUGGUGCGCUAAACCGGCCCGAGCCACGCGUUAAUUUCGAAGCUACAGGUUUGAGGCAAUAAUGUUUGAUUGGCAGAUUAAUCGCGGUAUCGUCAAACUGUUUGACAUUUAUCGGGAUAAACAUCUCGGCGCUUUAAUGUUACGGACAGAAUGGAAUAAUUUCUGAUAAAAAUCAAGCAGAGCGUAGAAAACUCCGCCGGGCUAUUGAUCGCGGUCCGCAAUAGGAAACGGAUGGACGGCGGUAUAUACGAGAUUCAUCAAAAAGUGGUUAUUUCAAAUCACGGCCGAUAAUGCGCAUGCAUAUUCAGGCCCGUAAUGUAAUCGUUUAUCGUAAACACGCGCUCGUUGACGCGACACUAGAUUACUCGUAAAUUGACAUUUACGUUUCCUUUCGCCGUUAACGUCAAUUCGUGAUCUCGUUGUAAUAUUUAACUCUUGAAUGCAUCCGGUUAUUUUGAUCGCGAGACGAGACAAAUUAAGACUGACGUAACAUGCAUAUCAGAGCGAAUAUGCUUAGAGAUUCUGUUUAGGCAACGAAAAAAAAGGGGGAGGAGGCGGGAAGUAUGCGUGAAAAUAUUGUUUAAACCACUGUGUUGCGAAUACGCGCGUGUCAAUAUCCAAUUGCGAUAUCUCGUCCAGCGAAAUAUAUAAUUUAUUAAUAUUACAUCGUCAUUUAAUCCAAAUCGAUGAUGAAUAGAUAAUGUAUCCCAGUAAAAAUAUUAAUUUUAACGUUGAACAUCAAAUUGAAUUUGAAGCGACACGUAAAUACUUGAGGCACAAAAUUUGUCAAAUAUUUUUACGCGAUUAACGAGCGUUCUCGUGCAAUGACAAAUUUUGUUCGGGCGUCGUGCAUUCAAGGGUUAAGCGAUACUAUAUAUAUACAUAUAUAUAUAUUGUCCUAGGCAUUUCUCACUGCCAAACAGGAUAAUACCUGACUUUACACGUCUCUGCUUUUUCGUUCCCGAAAUAAUAUAUUUGACCUUUGAAUAAAAUAUGAGCUCUCGCCUCCCUGCGUCCUUCUACCGUGUGUAAUCCUCCAAUUUAAUAAUUGCGUGAAAUGUACGUUAAAAACGUACGCUCCCAAACAAUUCCACUAUCAAGAAUUAUAAUUAUCCUACCCUGCCGUCUGCACAACCCGCGUAAUGUCCUGAAAAGCUAGAAAACCCACAUCUACCUAUAUCAACCUAUGUGAAGCGUUUUCUACUUAAUAUUACAUAAUAUAUAAUUUUGUCUUUUGUAGAUAGUACGCGUAAUUUCUGCUCAUAUAAGCGCGCGGCUUGGAGGAGUAUCGGGUCUUCGCUAUUACGUUAAGUUGCGUAUCUCCACUGAAACAAAGUCGAACGCCUCGCGCAGCUCCGUCACGCGAAGCAAUUCCAUCACGAGAGUUUUACUCGAAAGUUAGGGUAGCAAUAAUGUGCACAACACAUUUCAAUGUACACGGUCGACGUCCAAUCUAGAGAGUAGCAUGUUCGUUAAAUAGAUAUAAAGAUGGUAGCGCGUCUUCGCGCGGAAGAGACGACGACGACGACGGCGGUUCGGAAGUGACGCGGCAGCCCCCGUCUUACAGCGCGAAAUAACUUCGUGGCCCACUUCGCCGUGGGAAUGCGCGUCCAUCGUAGGCCGCGUCGCGAGAAUCUGUCUUAUCUAGCUGUAAGCAACUUCUUAGAUUAAUUCAGACAUGUACAUAGGGAGAGCGACGUUGAAAAUAUGUGAUAGGGCACGGCUUUGGCCAUGCACGACUACGUUCGUUCAAAACACUUCCGCCGUUAUUUGUGAAAAGUUCGGCGUGCCGCAGCUGCUGAUGAAAAGACGGAAAUAAGUCGAUCCGUGGAUCAUCACCGAGAGCGGUCAAUAGUCACUGAUUUGCAGUCAUAAGUACACAGCUGAAAGCCGCGGCGGUGCCCAGUGAGAGACGAUUCGUCGAUCGAUGCCGGAUCGACGUCGAUACGGCGGUGUCGAUGUCGCGUCGACGUCGUCCCGACGAGUCACUUCUCGCUCUGGAUAUAUUUAUAACUGUUCAGUGAUAAUUGACUGAUUCAUUUUUAGAGAGUCAGCUCAAUUGUUUGCCCACGCACGAUCUAACGUGGAAAAAUAUGCGUACACAGACAGGCAGGAAUGCCUGGACAUUUCUAUAAUUAUAGAAUACAUUAUAGAAAUGUCCAGGCACUCCUGCCUGUCUGUUUACACUGACCGGCAAUGAAUCGUUUCGCGAGAGGGGAAUUGUGGUUCCCACCCCCGUUGAUCAUUCGUCGAUCGGCUGGAGUGGAGAAGCGAGUCGCUUUCCCCUCUUGCGAAGCGACUCAUCGCCGAUGACUGUACGCGUCGGUUUCCGAGUCCGUCACGCGGACAUCGCGCGUGAUAAUCGCGGAGGGAAAAGAAAAACGCAAUUAUGUUAAAACUUCGAUUAGAUACGUUAUCAAGAUUCACGAGAUCUGAGAUAUUUUCACAAAUAUCGUUGGAAGGAGCUGUUUUAUAAAUAUUUCAUAUAUUUUGUUAUACUAUUUCUAUGCUCCUCGCAUUAUAAUUCAAGCUAGAUAUAUUAUGACGUUAUAUCUAAACACCCUUCAUGACUUCUACCACUUUUUACACUCCUAAACAGGACUGCGAAGUAGCAUUGAGCCCUCCUGGAUUCUAUCGUAAUAAGGUCAACAAGCACAAAACAGUAAUAGAGCAGUUUCUCUUCCUAAUUAUCUCGUCGAAGUCAAGGACCUCGUUGAAAUGUCUUUAAGAGUAUUUUUUGACCAGCUGGUGGAACGUACAAGUAAACGGGCGGCGCCGUUCGCGUUAAUCCCAUGCCGCGUACAGGCAUUUUUCCGUCGUGAAAGGUUGCACGCGCAAAACGACGUAAAAAUAGACCGCUAGAGUACUCCACUUUAAAGUAUUCCGUUCCCUUUAAAGGAGAAAUGUGGAAUUUUAUGCAAUUUAUCGGCAAUAAUGCGCGAAGGAUUCGAGAUGAUGGAUUGAGGUAGCGCGGAGGUGGCGCGAUAAAGUCUGAAAAGAUACGCGAAUUUCGAUAAACCAUCUCGGGGGGUGGGG